AUGCGGCUGCGCAGAAGCGGCUGCGCAGAAGCGGCUGCGCAGAAGCGGCUGCGCAGAAGCGGCUGCGCAGAAGCGGCUGCGCAGAAGCGGCUGCGCAGAAGCGGCUGCGCAGAAGCGGCUGCGCAGAAACGGCUGCGCAGAAACGGCUGCGCAGAAACGGCUGCGCCGAAACGGCUGCGCCGAAACGGCUGCGCCGAAACGGCUGCGCCGAAACGGCUGCGCCGAAACGGCUGCGCCGAAACGGCUGCGCCGAAACGGCUGCGCCGAAACGGCUGCGAGGAAACGGCUGCGCCGAAACGGCUGCGCCGAAACGGCUGCGCCGAAACAGCUGCGCAGAAACAGCUGCGCAGAAACAGCUGCGCAGAAACAGCUGCGCAGAAACAGCUGCGCAGAAGCAGCUGCGCAGAAACAGCUGCGCAGAAACAGCUGCGCAGGAGCAGCUGCGCAGGAGCAGCUGCGCAGGAGCAGCUGCGCAGGAACAGCUGCGCAGGAACAGCUGCGCAGGAACAGCUGCGCAGAAGCAGCUGCGCAGGAACAGCUGCGCAGGAACAGCUGCGCAGGAACAGCUGCGCAGGAACAGCUGCGCAGGAACAGCUGCGCAGGAACAGCUGCGCAGGAACAGCUGCGCAGGAACAGCUGCGCAGGAACAGCUGCGCAGGAACGGCUGCGCAGGUACGGCUGCGCAGGAACGGCUGCGCAGGAACGGCUGCGCAGGAACGGCUGCGCAGGAACGGCUGCGCAGCAACGGCUGCGCAGGAACGGCUGCGCAGGAACGGCUGCGCAGAAACGGCUGCGCAGGAACGGCUGAGCAGAAACGGCUGCGCAGAAGCGUCUGCGCAGAAGCGGCUGCGCAGAAGCGGCUGCGCAGAAGCGGCUGCGCAGAAGCGGCUGCGCAGAAGCGGCUGCGCAGAAGCGGCUGCGCAGAAGCGGCUGCGCAGAUGCGGCUGCGCAGAAGCGGCUGCGCAGAAGCGGCUGCGCAGAAGCGGCUGCGCAGAAGCGGCUGCGCAGAAGCGGCUGCGCAGAAGCGGCUGCGCAGAAGCGGCUGCGCAGAAGCGGCUGCGCAGAAGCGGCUGCGCAGAAACGGCUGCGCACAAACGGCUGCGCACAAACGGCUGCGCACAAACGGCGGCGCAGAAAAGGCUGCGCAGGAACGGCUGCGCAGGAACGGCUGCGCAGGAACGGCUGCGCAGGAACGGCUGCGCAGGAACGGCUGCGCAGGAACGGCUGCGCAGGAACGGCUGCGCAGGAACGGCUGCGCAGGAACGGCUGCGCAGGAACGGCUGCGCAGGAACGGCUGCGCCGAAACGGCUGCGCCGAAACGGCUGCGCCGAAACGGCUGCGCCGAAACGGCUGCGCAGAAACGGCUGCGCCGAAACAGCUGCGCAGAAACAGCUGCGCCGAAACAGCUGCGCAGAAACAGCUGCGCAGAAACAGUUGCGCCUAAACAGCUGCGCAGAAACAGCUAGGCAGAAACAGCUGCGCAGAAGCGGCUGCGCAGAAGCGGCUGCGCAGAAACGGCUGCGCAGAAACGGCUGCGCAGAAGCGGCUGCGCAGAAGCGGCUGCGCAGAAGCGGCUGCGCAGAAGCGGCUGCGCAGAAGCGGCUGCGCAGAAACGGCUGCGCAGAAGCGGCUGCGCAGAAGCGGCUGCUCAGAAGCGGCUGCGCAGGAACGGCUGCGCAGGAACGGCUGCGCAGGAACGGCUGCGCAGGAACGGCUGCGCAGGAACGGCUGCGCAGGAACGGCUGCGCAGGAACGGCUGCGCAGGAACGGCUGCGCAGGAGCGGCUGCGCAGGAGCGGCUGCGCAGAAGCGGCUGCGCAGAAACGGCUGCGCAGAAGCGGCUGCGCAGAAGCGGCUGCGCAGAAGCGGCUGCGCAGAAGCGGCUGCGCAGAAGCGGCUGCGCAGAAGCGGCUGCGCAGAAGCGGCUGCGCAGAAGCGGCUGCGCAGAAGCGGCUGCGCAGAAGCGGCUGCGCAGAAGCGGCUGCGCAGAAGCGGCUGCGCAGAAGCGGCUGCGCAGAAGCGGCUGCGCAGAAGCGGCUGCGCAGAAGCGGCUGCGCAGAAGCGGCUGCGCAGAAGCGGCUGCGCAGAAGCGGCUGCGCAGAAGCGGCUGCGCAGAAGCGGCUGCGCAGAAGCGGCUGCGCAGAAACGGCUGCGCCGAAACGGCUGCGCCGAAACGGCUGCGACGAAACGGCUGCGCCGAAACGGCUGCGCCGAAACGGCUGCGCAGGAACGGCUGCGCAGGAACGGCUGCGCAGAAACGGCUGCGCAGAAACAGCUAGGCAGAAACAGCUGCGCAGAAACAGCUGCGCAGAAACAGCUGCGCAGAAACAGCUGCGCAGAAACAGCUGCGCAGAAACAGCUGCGCAGAAACAGCUGCGCAGAAACAGCUGCGCAGAAACAGCUGCGCAGAAACAGCUCGGCAGAAAACGGCUGCGCAGAAACGGCUGCGCAGAAACGGCUGCGCAGUAACGGCUGCGCAGAAACGGCUGCGCAGAAACGGCUGCGCAGGAACGGCUGCGCAGGAGCGGCUGCGCAGAAACGGCUGCGCAGAAACGGCUGCGCAGAAACGGCUGCGCAGAAACGGCUGCGCAGAAACGGCUGCGCAGAAGCGGCUGCGCAGAAGCGGCUGCGCAGAAGCGGCUGCGCAGAAACGGCUGCGCAGAAGCGGCUGCGCAGAAGCGGCUGCGCAGAAGCGGCUGCGCAGAAGCGGCUGCGCAGAAGCGGCUGCGCAGAUGCGGCUGCGCAGAAGCGGCUGCGCAGAAGCGGCUGCGCAGAAGCGGCUGCGCAGAAGCGGCUGCGCAGAAGCGGCUGCGCAGAAGCGGCUGCGCAGAAGCGGCUGCGCAGAAGCGGCUGCGCAGAAACGGCUGCGCAGAAACGGCUGCGCAGAAACGGCUGCGCAGAAACGGCUGCGCAGAAACGGCUGCGCACAAACGGCUGCGCACAAACGGCUGCGCACAAACGGCUGCGCACAAACGGCUGCGCACAAACGGCUGCGCACAAACGGCGGCGCAGAAACGGCUGCGCAGGAACGGCUGCGCAGGAACGGCUGCGCAGGAACGGCUGCGCAGGAACGGCUGCGCAGGAACGGCUGCGCAUGAACGGCUGCGCCGAAACAGCUGCGCCGAAACAGCUGCGCCGAAACAGCUGCGCCGAAACAGCUGCGCAGAAACAGCUGCGCCGAAACAGCUGCGCCGAAACAGCUGCGCAGAAACAGCUGCGCCGAAACAGCUGCGCCGAAACAGCUGCGCAGAAACAGUUGCGCCUAAACAGCUGCGCAGAAACAGCUAGGCAGAAACGGCUGCGCAGAAGCGGCUGCGCAGAAGCGGCUGCGCAGAAACGGCUGCGCAGAAGCGGCUGCGCAGAAGCGGCUGCGCAGAAGCGGCUGCGCAGAAGCGGCUGCGCAGAAGCGGCUGCGCAGAAGCGGCUGCGCAGAAACGGCUGCGCAGAAGCGGCUGCGCAGAAGCGGCUGCGCAGAAGCGGCUGCGCAGAAGCGGCUGCGCAGAAGCGGCUGCGCAGAAGCGGCUGCGCAGAAGCGGCUGCGCAGAAGCGGCUGCGCAGAAGCGGUUGCGCAGAUGCGGCUGCGCAGAAGCGGCUGCGCAGAAGCGGCUGCGCAGAAGCGGCUGCGCAGAAGCGGCUGCGCAGAAGCGGCUGCGCAGAAGCGGCUGCGCAGAAGCGGCUGCGCAGAAGCGGCUGCGCAGAAACGGCUGCGCAGAAACGGCUGCGCAGAAACGGCUGCGCAGAAACGGCUGCGCAGAAACGGCUGCGCAGAAACGGCUGCGCACAAACGGCUGCGCACAAACGGCUGCGCACAAACGGCUGCGCACAAACGGCUGCGCACAAACGGCUGCGCACAAACGGCGGCGCAGGAACGGCUGCGCAGGAACGGCUGCGCAGGAACGGCUGCGCAGGAACGGCUGCGCAUGAACGGCUGCGCCGAAACGGCUGCGCCGAAACAGCUGCGCCGAAACAGCUGCGCCGAAACAGCUGCGCCGAAACAGCUGCGCCGAAACAGCUGCGCCGAAACAGCUGCGCCGAAACAGCUGCGCAGAAACAGUUUCGCCUAAACAGCUGCGCAGAAACAGCUAGGCAGAAACGGCUGCGCAGAAGCGGCUGCGCAGAAGCGGCUGCGCAGAAGCGGCUGCGCAGAAGCGGCUGCGCAGAAGCGGCUGCGCAGAAGCGGCUGCGCAGAAGCGGCUGCGCAGAAGCGGCUGCGCAGAAGCGGCUGCGCAGAAGCGGCUGCGCAGAAGCGGCUGCGCAGAAGCGGCUGCGCAGGAACGGCUGCGAACGGCUGCGCAGGAACGGCUGCGCAGGAACGGCUGCGCAGGAACGGCUGCGCAGCAACGGCUGCGCAGGAACGGCUGCGCAGGAACGGCUGCGCAGGAACGGCUGCGCAGAAACAGCUAGGCAGAAACAGCUGCGCAGAAACAGCUGCGCAGAAACAGCUGCGCAGAAACAGCUGCGCAGAAGCAGCUGCGCAGAAGCAGCUGCGCAGAAGCAGCUGCGCAGAAGCAGCUGCGCAGAAGCAGCUGCGCAGAAGCAGCUGCGCAGAAGCAGCUGCGCAGAAGCAGCUGCGCAGAAGCAGCUCGGCAGAAACGGCUGCGCAGAAGCGGCUGCGCAGAAGCGGCUGCGCAGAAGCGGCUGCGCAGAAGCGGCUGCGCAGAAGCGGCUGCGCAGAAGCGGCUGCGCAGAAGCGGCUGCGCACAAGCGGCUGCGCACAAGCGGCUGCGCACAAGCGGCUGCGCACAAGCGGCUGCGCAGAAGCGGCUGCGCAGAAGCGGCUGCGCAGAAGCGGCUGCGCAGAAGCGGCUGCGCAGAAGCGGCUGCGCAGAAGCGGCUGCGCAGAAGCGGCUGCGCAGAAGCGGCUGCGCAGAAGCGGCUGCGCAGAAGCGGCUGCGCAGAAGCGGCUGCGCAGAAGCGGCUGCGCAGAAGCGGCUGCGCAGAAGCGGCUGCGCAGAAGCGGCUGCGCACAAACGGCUGCGCACAAACGGCUGCGCAGAAACGGCUGCGCAGAAACGGCUGCGCAGUAACGGCUGCGCAGGAACGGCUGCGCAGAAACGGCUGCGCAGGAACGGCUGCGCAGAAACGGCUGCGCAGAAACGGCUGCGCAGAAACGGCAGCGCAGAAACGGCUGCGCAGAAACGGCUGCGCAGAAGCGGCUGCGCAGAAGCGGCUGCGCAGAAACGGCUGCGCAGAAGCGGCUGCGCAGAAACGGCUGCGCAGAAGCGGCUGCGCAGAAGCGGCUGCGCAGAAGCGGCUGCGCAGAAGCGGCUGCGCAGAAGCGGCUGCGCAGAAGCGGCUGCGCAGAAGCGGCUGCGCAGAUGCGGCUGCGCAGAAGCGGCUGCGCAGAAGCGGCUGCGCAGAAGCGGCUGCGCAGAAGCGGCUGCGCAGAAGCGGCUGCGCAGAAGCGGCUGCGCAGAAGAAGCGGCUGCGCAGAAGCGGCUGCGCAGAAGCGGCUGCGCAGAAGCGGCUGCGCAGAAACGGCUGCGCAGAAACGGCUGCGCAGAAACGGCUGCGCAGAAACGGCUGCGCAGAAACGGCUGCGCAGAAACGGCUGCGCAGAAACGGCUGCGCACAAACGGCUGCGCACAAACGGCUGCGCACAAACGGCUGCGCACAAACGGCUGCGCACAAACGGCUGCGCACAAACGGCGGCGCAGAAACGGCUGCGCAGGAACGGCUGCGCAGGAACGGCUGCGCAGGAACGGCUGCGCAGGAACGGCUGCGCAGGAACGGCUGCGCAGGAACGGCUGCGCAUGAACGGCUGCGCCGAAACAGCUGCGCCGAAACAGCUGCGCCGAAACAGCUGCGCCGAAACAGCUGCGCAGAAACAGCUGCGCAGAAACAGCUGCGCAGGAGCAGCUGCGCAGGAGCAGCUGCGCAGGAGCAGCUGCGCAGGAACAGCUGCGCAGGAACAGCUGCGCAGGAACAGCUGCGCAGCAGCAGCUGCGCAGGAACAGCUGCGCAGAAGCAGCUGCGCAGGAACAGCUGCGCAGGAACAGCUGCGCAGGAACAGCUGCGCAGGAACAGCUGCGCAGGAACAGCUGCGCAGGAACAGCUGCGCAGGAACAGCUGCGCAGGAACAGCUGCGCAGGUACGGCUGCGCAGGAACGGCUGCGCAGGAACGGCUGCGCAGGAACGGCUGCGCAGGAACGGCUGCGCAGCAACGGCUGCGCAGGAACGGCUGCGCAGGAACGGCUGCGCAGAAACGGCUGCGCAGGAACGGCUGAGCAGAAACGGCUGCGCAGAAGCGUCUGCGCAGAAGCGGCUGCGCAGAAGCGGCUGCGCAGAAGCGGCUGCGCAGAAGCGGCUGCGCAGAAGCGGCUGCGCAGAAGCGGCUGCGCAGAAGCGGCUGCGCAGAAGCGGCUGCACAGAAGCGGCUGCGCAGAUGCGGCUGCGCAGAAGCGGCUGCGCAGAAGCGGCUGCGCAGAAGCGGCUGCGCAGAAGCGGCUGCGCAGAAGCGGCUGCGCAGAAGCGGCUGCGCAGAAGCGGCUGCGCAGAAGCGGCUGCGCAGAAACGGCUGCGCACAAACGGCUGCGCACAAACGGCUGCGCACAAACGGCUGCGCACAAACGGCGGCGCAGGAACGGCUGCGCAGGAACGGCUGCGCAGGAACGGCUGCGCAGGAACGGCUGCGCAGGAACGGCUGCGCAGGAACGGCUGCGCAGGAACGGCUGCGCAGGAACGGCUGCGCAGGAACGGCUGCGCAGGAACGGCUGCGCAUGAACGGCUGCGCCGAAACGGCUGCGCCGAAACGGCUGCGCCGAAACGGCUGCGCCGAAACGGCUGCGCAGAAACAGCUGCGCCGAAACAGCUGCGCCGAAACAGCUGCGCCGAAACAGCUGCGCAGAAACAGCUGCGCCGAAACAGCUGCGCAGAAACAGCUGCGCAGAAACAGUUGCGCCUAAACAGCUGCGCAGAAACAGCUAGGCAGAAACAGCUGCGCAGAAGCGGCUGCGCAGAAGCGGCUGCGCAGAAACGGCUGCGCAGAAACGGCUGCGCAGAAACGGCUGCGCAGAAGCGGCUGCGCAGAAGCGGCUGCGCAGAAGCGGCUGCGCAGAAGCGGCUGCGCAGAAGCGGCUGCGCAGAAACGGCUGCGCAGAAGCGGCUGCGCAGAAGCGGCUGCUCAGAAGCGGCUGCGCAGGAACGGCUGCGCAGGAACGGCUGCGCAGGAACGGCUGCGCAGGAACGGCUGCGCAGGAACGGCUGCGCAGGAACGGCUCCGCAGGAACGGCUGCGCAGGAACGGCUGCGCAGGAGCGGCUGCGCAGGAGCGGCUGCGCAGGAGCGGCUGCGCAGAAACGGCUGCGCAGAAGCGGCUGCGCAGAAGCGGCUGCGCAGAAGCGGCUGCGCAGAAGCGGCUGCGCAGAAGCGGCUGCGCAGAAGCGGCUGCGCAGAAGCGGCUGCGCAGAAGCGGCUGCGCAGAAGCGGCUGCGCAGAAGCGGCUGCGCAGAAGCGGCUGCGCAGAAGCGGCUGCGCAGAAGCGGCUGCGCAGAAGCGGCUGCGCAGAAGCGGCUGCGCAGAAGCGGCUGCGCAGAAGCGGCUGCGCAGAAGCAGCUGCGCAGAAGCGGCUGCGCAGAAGCGGCUGCGCAGAAGCGGCUGCGCAGAAGCGGCUGCGCAGAAACGGCUGCGCAGAAACGGCUGCGCCGAAACGGCUGCGCCGAAACGGCUGCGACGAAACGACUGCGCCGAAACGGCUGCGCCGAAACGGCUGCGCAGGAACGGCUGCGCAGGAACGGCUGCGCAGAAACGGCUGCGCAGAAACAGCUAGGCAGAAACAGCUGCGCAGAAACAGCUGCGCAGAAACAGCUGCGCAGAAACAGCUGCGCAGAAACAGCUGCGCAGAAACAGCUGCGCAUAAACAGCUGCGCAUAAACAGCUGCAAGAACGGCUGCGCAGUAACGGCUGCGCAGAAACGGCUGCGCAGGAACGGCUGCGCAGGAGCGGCUGCGCAGAAACGGCUGCGCAGAAACGGCUGCGCAGAAACGGCUGCGCAGAAACGGCUGCGCAGAAACGGCUGCGCAGAAACGGCUGCGCAGAAGCGGCUGCGCAGAAGCGGCUGCGCAGAAGCGGCUGCGCAGAAACGGCUGCGCAGAGAAGCGGCUGCGCAGAAGCGGCUGCGCAGAAGCGGCUGCGCAGAAGCGGCUGCGCAGAUGCGGCUGCGCAGAAGCGGCUGCGCAGAAGCGGCUGCGCAGAAGCGGCUGCGCAGAAGCGGCCUGCGCAGAAGCGGCUGCGCAGAAGCGGCUGCGCAGAAGCGGCUGCGCAGAAGCGGCUGCGCAGAAGCGGCUGCGCAGAAACGGCUGCGCAGAAACGGCUGCGCAGAAACGGCUGCGCAGAAACGGCUGCGCACAAACGGCUGCGCACAAACGGCUGCGCACAAACGGCUGCGCACAAACGCUGCGCACAAACGGCUGCGCACAAACGGCGGCGCAGAAACGGCUGCGCAGGAACGGCUGCGCAGGAACGGCUGCGCAGGAACGGCUGCGCAGGAACGGCUGCGCAGGAACGGCUGCGCAGGAACGGCUGCGCAUGAACGGCUGCGCCGAAACAGCUGCGCCGAAACAGCUGCGCCGAAACAGCUGCGCCGAAACAGCUGCGCCGAAACAGCUGCGCAGAAACAGCUGCGCCGAAACAGCUGCGCCGAAACAGCUGCGCCGAAACAGCUGCGCAGAAACAGCUGCGCAGAAACAGUUGCGCCUAACAGCUGCGCAGAAACAGCUAGGCAGAACGGCUGCGCAGAAGCGGCUGCGCAGAAACGGCUGCGCAGAAACGGCUGCGCAGAAGCGGCUGCGCAGAAGCGGCUGCGCAGAAGCGGCUGCGCAGAAGCGGCUGCGCAGAAACGGCUGCGCAGAAACGGCUGCGCAGAAGCGGCUGCGCAGAAGCGGCUGCGCAGAAGCGGCUGCGCAGAAGCGGCUGCGCAGAAGCGGCUGCGCAGAAGCGGCUGCGCAGAUGCGGCUGCGCAGAAGCGGCUGCGCAGAAGCGGCUGCGCAGAAGCGGCUGCGCAGAAGCGGCUGCGCAGAAGCGGCUGCGCAGAAGCGGCUGCGCAGAAGCGGCUGCGCAGAAGCGGCUGCGCAGAAGCGGCUGCGCAGAAACGGCUGCGCAGAAACGGCUGCGCAGAAGAAACGGCUGCGCAGAAACGGCUGCGCACAAACGGCUGCGCACAAACGGCUGCGCACAAACGGCUGCGCACAAACGGCUGCGCACAAACGGCGGCGCAGGAACGGCUGCGCAGGAACGGCUGCGCAGGAACGGCUGCGCAGGAACGGCUGCGCAUGAACGGCUGCGCCGAAACGGCUGCGCCGAAACGGCUGCGCCGAAACGGCUGCGCCGAAACAGCUGCGCCGAAACAGCUGCGCCGAAACAGCUGCGCCGAAACAGCUGCGCCGAAACAGCUGCGCCGAAACAGCUGCGCAGAAACAGUUUCGCCUAAACAGCUGCGCAGAAACAGCUGCGCAGAAACGGCUGCGCAGAAGCGGCUGCGCAGAAGCGGCUGCGCAGAAGCGCUGCGCAGAAGCGGCUGCGCAGAAGCGGCUGCGCAGAAGCGGCUGCGCAGAAGCGGCUGCGCAGAAGCGGCUGCGCAGAAGCGGCUGCGCAGAAGCGGCUGCGCAGAAGCGGCUGCGCAGGAACGGCUGCGCAGGAACGGCUGCGCAGGAACGGCUGCGCAGGAACGGCUGCGCAGGAACGGCUGCGCAGGAACGGCUGCGCAGCAACGGCUGCGCAGCAACGGCUGCGCAGGAACGGCUGCGCAGGAACGGCUGCGCAGGAACGGCUGCGCAGGAACGGCUGCGCAGGAACGGCUGCGCAGAAACGGCUGCGCAGAAACGGCUAGGCAGAAACAGCUGCGCAGAAACAGCUGCGCAGAACAGCUGCGCAGAAGCAGCUGCGCAGAAGCAGCUGCGCAGAAGCAGCUGCGCAGAAGCAGCUGCGCAGAAGCAGCUGCGCAGAAGCAGCUGCGCAGAAGCAGCUGCGCAGAAGCAGCUCGGCAGAAACGGCUGCGCAGAAGCGGCUGCGCAGAAGCGGCUGCGCAGAAGCGGCUGCGCAGAAGCGGCUGCGCAGAAGCGGCUGCGCAGAAGCGGCUGCGCAGAAGCGGCUGCGCAGAAGCGGCUGCGCACAAGCGGCUGCGCACAAGCGGCUGCGCAGAAGCGGCUGCGCAGAAGCGGCUGCGCAGAAGCGGCUGCGCAGAAGCGGCUGCGCAGAAGCGGCUGCGCAGAAGCGGCUGCGCAGAAGCGGCUGCGCAGAAGCGGCUGCGCAGAAGCGGCUGCGCAGAAGCGGCUGCGCAGAAGCGGCUGCGCAGAAGCGGCUGCGCAGAAGCGGCUGCGCAGAAGCGGCUGCGCAGAAGCGGCUGCGCAGAAGCGGCUGCGCACAAACGGCUGCGCACAAACGGCUGCGCAGAAACGGCUGCGCAGAAACGGCUGCGCAAAACGGCUGCGCAGAAGAAACGGCUGCGCAGAAACGGCUGCGCAGAAACGGCUGCGCAGAAGCGGCUGCGCAGAAGCGGCUGCGCAGAAACGGCUGCGCAGAAGCGGCUGCGCAGAAGCGGCUGCGCAGAAGCGGCUGCGCAGAAGCGGCUGCGCAGAAGCGGCUGCGCAGAAGCGGCUGCGCAGAAGCGGCUGCGCAGAAGCGGCUGCGCAGAAGCGGCUGCGCAGAAGCGGCUGCGCAGAAGCGGCUGCGCAGAAGCGGCUGCGCAGAAGCGGCUGCGCAGAAGCGGCUGCGCAGAAGCGGCUGCGCAGAAGCGGCUGCGCAGAAGCGGCUGCGCAGAAGCGGCUGCGCAGAAGCGGCUGCGCAGAAGACGGCUGCGCAGAAACGGCUGCGCAGAAACGGCUGCGCAGAAACGGCUGCGCAGAAACGGCUGCGCAGAAACGGCUGCGCAGAAACGGCUGCGCAGAAACGGCUGCGCAGAAACGGCUGCGCACAAACGGCUGCGCACAAACGGCUGCGCACAAACGGCUGCGCACAAACGGCUGCGCACAAACGGCUGCGCACAAACGGCGGCGCAGAAACGGCUGCGCAGGAACGGCUGCGCAGGAACGGCUGCGCAGGAACGGCUGCGCAGGAACGGCUGCGCAGGAACGGCUGCGCAGGAACGGCUGCGCAUGAACGGCUGCGCCGAAACAGCUGCGCCGAAACAGCUGCGCCGAAACAGCUGCGCCGAAACAGCUGCGCAGAAACAGCUGCGCCGAAACAGCUGCGCCGAAACAGCUGCGCAGAAACAGCUGCGCCGAAACAGCUGCGACGAAACAGCUGCGCAGAAACAGUUGCGCCUAAACAGCUGCGCAGAAACAGCUAGGCAGAAACGGCUGCGCAGAAGCGGCUGCGCAGAAGCGGCUGCGCAGAAACGGCUGCGCUGCGCAGAAGCGGCUGCGCAGAAGCGGCUGCGCAGAAGCGGCUGCGCAGAAGCGGCUGCGCAGAAGCGGCUGCGCAGAAGCGGCUGCGCAGAUGCGGCUGCGCAGAAGCGGCUGCGCAGAAGCGGCUGCGCAGAAGCGGCUGCGCAGAAGCGGCUGCGCAGAAGCGGCUGCGCAGAAGCGGCUGCGCAGAAACGGCUGCGCAGAAACGGCUGCGCAGAAACGGCUGCGCAGAAACGGCUGCGCACAAACGGCUGCGCACAAACGGCUGCGCACAAACGGCUGCGCACAAACGGCGGCGCAGGAACGGCUGCGCAGGAACGGCUGCGCAGGAACGGCUGCGCAGGAACGGCUGCGCAGGAACGGCUGCGCAUGAACGGCUGCGCCGAAACGGCUGCGCCGAAACGGCUGCGCCGAAACGGCUGCGCCGAAACGGCUGCGCCGAAACGGCUGCGCAGAAACAGCUGCGCCGAAACAGCUGCGCCGAAACAGCUGCGCCGAAACAGCUGCGCAGAAACAGCUGCGCCGAAACAGCUGCGCCGAAACAGCUGCGCAGAAACAAAGCGGCUGCGCAGAAACGGCUGCGCAGAAACGGCUGCGCAGAAGCGGCUGCGCAGAAGCGGCUGCGCAGAAGCGGCUGCGCAGAAGCGGCUGCGCAGAAGCGGCUGCGCAGGAACGGCUGCGCAGGAACGGCUGCGCAGGAACGGCUGCGCAGGAACGGCUGCGCAGGAACGGCUGCGCAGGAACGGCUGCGCAGCAACGGCUGCGCAGCAACGGCUGCGCAGGAACGGCUGCGCAGGAACGGCUGCGCAGGAACGGCUGCGCAGAAACGGCUGCGCAGAAACGGCUAGGCAGAAACGGCUGCGCAGAAACGGCUGCGCAGAAACGGCUGCGCAGAAACAGCUGCGCAGAAACAGCUGCGCAGAAACAGCUGCGCAGAAGCAGCUGCGCAGAAGCAGCUGCGCAGAAGCAGCUGCGCAGAAGCAGCUGCGCAGAAGCAGCUGCGCAGAAGCAGCUGCGCAGAAGCAGCUGCGCAGAAACAGCUCGGCAGAAACGGCUGCGCAGAAGCGGCUGCGCAGAAGCGGCUGCGCAGAAGCGGCUGCGCAGAAGCGGCUGCGCAGAAGCGGCUGCGCAGAAGCGGCUGCGCAGAAGCGGCUGCGCACAAGCGGCUGCGCACAAGCGGCUGCGCAGAAGCGGCUGCGCAGAAGCGGCUGCGCAGAAGCGGCUGCGCAGAAGCGGCUGCGCAGAAGCGGCUGCGCAGAAGCGGCUGCGCAGAAGCGGCUGCGCAGAAGCGGCUGCGCAGAAGCGGCUGCGCAGAAGCGGCUGCGCAGAAGCGGCUGCGCAGAAGCGGCUGCGCAGAAGCGGCUGCGCACAAACGGCUGCGCAGAAACGGCUGCGCAGAAACGGCUGCGCAGAAGCGGCUGCGCAGAAGCGGCUGCGCACAAGCGGCUGCGCACAAGCGGCUGCGCAGAAGCGGCUGCGCAGAAGCGGCUGCGCAGAAGCGGCUGCGCAGAAGCGGCUGCGCAGAAGCGGCUGCGCAGAAGCGGCUGCGCAGAAGCGGCUGCGCAGAAGCGGCUGCGCAGAAGCGGCUGCGCAGAAGCGGCUGCGCAGAAGCGGCUGCGCACAAACGGCUGCGCAGAAACGGCUGCGCAGAAACGGCUGCGCAGAAACGGCUGCGCAGAAACGGCUGCGCAGAAACGGCUGCGCACAAACGGCUGCGCACAAACGGCUGCGCACAAACGGCUGCGCACAAACGGCUGCGCACAAACGGCUGCGCACAAACGGCUGCGCACAAACGGCUGCGCACGAACGGCUGCGCAGGAACGGCUGCGCAGGAACGGCUGCGCAGGAACGGCUGCGCAGGAACGGCUGCGCAGGAACGGCUGCGCAGGAACGGCUGCGCAGGAACGGCUGCGCCGAAACGGCUGCGCCGAAACGGCUGCGCCGAAACGGCUGCGCCGAAACGGCUGCGCCGAAACGGCUGCGCCGAAACGGCUGCGCCGAAACAGCUGCGCAGAAACAGCUAGGCAGAAACGGCUGCGCAGAAGCGGCUGCGCAGAAGCGGCUGCGCAGAAGCGGCUGCGCAGAAGCGGCUGCGCAGAAGCGGCUGCGCAGAAGCGGCUGCGCAGAAGCGGCUGCGCAGAAACGGCUGCGCAGGAACGGCUGCGCAGGAACGGCUGCGCAGGAACGGCUGCGCAGGAACGGCUGCGCAGGAACGGCUGCGCAGGAACGGCUGCGCAGGAACGGCUGCGCCGGAACGGCUGCGCAGGAACGGCUGCGCAGGAACGGCUGCGCAACAACGGCUGCGCAGGAACGGCUGCGCAGGAACGGCUGCGCAGGAACGGCUGCGGAGGAACGGCUGCGCAGGAACGGCUGCGCAGGAACGGCUGCGCAGGAACGGCUGCGCAGGAACGGCUGCGCAGAAACGGCUGCGCAGAAACGGCUGCGCAAAACGGCUGCGCAGAAACGGCUGCGCAGAAACGGCUGCGCAGAAACGGCUGCGCAGAAGCGGCUGCGCAGAAGCGGCUGCGCAGAAACGGCUGCGCAGAAGCGGCUGCGCAGAAACGGCUGCGCAGAAGCGGCUGCGCAGAAGCGGCUGCGCAGAAGCGGCUGCGCAGAAGCGGCUGCGCAGAAGCGGCUGCGCAGAAGCGGCUGCGCAGAAGCGGCUGCGCAGAAGCGGCUGCGCAGAAGCGGCUGCGCAGAAGCGGCUGCGCAGAAGCGGCUGCGCAGAAGCGGCUGCGCAGAAGCGGCUGCGCAGAAGCGGCUGCGCAGAAGCGGCUGCGCAGAAGCGGCUGCGCAGAAGCGGCUCCGCAGAAGCGGCUGCGCAGAAGCGGCUGCGCAGAAGCGGCUGCGCAGAAGCGGCUGCGCAGAAGCGGCUGCGCAGAAGCGGCUGCGCAGAAGCGGCUGCGCAGAAGCGGCUGCGCAGAAACGGUUGCGCAGAAACGGCUGCGCAGAAACGGCUGCGCAGAAACGGCUGCGACGAAACGGCUGCGACGAAACGGCUGCGACGAAACGGCUGCGCCGAAACGGCUGCGCAGAAACGGCUGCGCCGAAACGGCUGCGCCGAAACGGCUGCGCAGGAACGGCUGCGCAGGAACGGCUGCGCAGGAACGGCUGCGCAGGAACGGCUGCGCAGAAACAGCUGCGCAGAAGCAGCUGCGCAGAAGCAGCUGCGCAGAAGCAGCUGCGCAGAAGCAGCUGCGCAGGAACAGCUGCGCAGGAACAGCUGCGCAGGAACAGCUGCGCAAUAACGGCUGCGCAGGAACGGCUGCGCAGGAACGGCUGCGCAGGAACGGCUGCGCAGGAACGGCUGCGCAGGAACGGCUGCGCAGGAACGGCUGCGCAGGAACGGCUGCGCAGGAACGGCUGCGCAGGAACGGCUGCGCAGGAACGGCUGCGCAGGAACGGCUGCGCAGGAACGGCUGCGCAGGAACGGCUGCGCAGGAACGGCUGCGCAGGAACGGCUGCGCAGGAACGGCUGCGCAGGAACGGCUGCGCAGGAACGGCUGCGCAGCAACGGCUGCGCAGCAACGGCUGCGCCGAAACGGCUGCGCCGAAACGGCUGCGCCGAAACGGCUGCGCCGAAACGGCUGCGCCGAAACGGCUGCGCCGAAACGGCUGCGCCGAAACGGCUGCGCCGAAACGGCUGCGCCGAAACGGCUGCGCAGAAACGGCUGCGCCGAAACGGCUGCGCCGAAACGGCUGCGCCGAAACGGCUGCGCCGAAACGGCUGCGCAGAAACGGCUGCGCAGAAACGGCUGCGCCGGAACGGCUGCGCAGGAACGGCUGCGCAGGAACGGCUGCGCAGGAACGGCUGCGCAGGAACGGCUGCGCAGGAACGGCUGCGCAGGAACGGCUGCGCAGGAACGGCUGCGCAGGAACGGCUGCGCAGGAACGGCUGCGCAGGAACGGCUGCGCAGGAACGGCUGCGCAGGAACGGCUGCGCAGGAACGGCUGCGCAGGAACGGCUGCGCAGGAACGGCUGCGCAGAAGCGGCUGCGCAGAAGCGGCUGCGCAGAAGCGGCUGCGCAGAAGCGGCUGCGCAGAAGCGGCUGCGCAGAAGCGGCUGCGCAGAAGCGGCUGCGCAGAAGCGGCUGCGCAGAAGCGGCUGCGCAGAAGCGGCUGCGCAGAAGCGGCUGCGCAGAAGCGGCUGCGCAGAAGCGGCUGCGCAGAAGCGGCUGCGCAGAAGCGGCUGCGCAUAAACGGCUGCGCAUAAACGGCUGCGCAUGA